CGUCGGUUUCGCGUCUCUUUCUUUCUCUUCAUCUCUCUUCCUCUUCUUCUUCUCAAUUGCCGGAAAUUAUAAGUGGCUGCGUCACUCCCAAUACCCAGAUUCCGUCUCAUCCCUAUCUGAUCCGUCCUUCCGCUCGUCACACACUUCCCUUCGUCUUUGCCCUUUCUUUUUACUUAAUUUACGCUUUUGCCUACUCGUUCUUUUUUCUUCCCAAUCAAAAACCGUCAGGUUAGUUGUUCUGGCCACCUGGGUUUUUUCCCCUUUUUUCUUGAAUUUAAAAUUUGCUCCACUUUUUGUUUUGUCGAAAAAAAAUUUCUCGGCGUUUGGGCGCUGACGUGUCAUGCAGCCACACAGCCAUGAAUACCAAAACGAUGCGUUUGCCUCCACGGCGUGUAUUAACGCCUAGCACUUCCCUUAGUAAUAACAAGCGCAAAGAGAGAGAUGAAGGCUUUGAGAGGCCCAAGCCCAGCCCAUCAUCCAAUGCUCCAACGACCAUAAACUCAACCAAAUCUCUCAAGCCGGAUAAGCCGAGAGCUGGCUUCGAGCCACCCCGCAGCAACGGUAAAGGCCUGGAACCGACCUCUUCCACUCAGCUCCUAGCGGGCUUCCUGGCCCACGAGUUCCUCACGAGAGGGACUCUCUUCGGCGAGCCUUGGGACCCAUUCCGAGCGGCAGAGGGCCCCACAGAGGCCGAUAAGAGAAAAGGCAAGUCGAGCCAGACACGAGAAGCGGAGCCGGAGAAGCAAGAAAGGUACGCGGAACUAGCAGACUUGUUGAGGGCGAGUGGGACCCACGUACCUGGCAUAGUGAACCCCACCCAGCUCUCUCGGUUCUUACAUUUGUGAUCUAACUGUGACCCACGAUUACACGUGGAAGGAUCGCAUUGGAUAUCUCUGCCUUUGGGGCAGAGUAUAGAAAAGAAGUCCUUUUUCCCGUUGCAGGUUCCUAUGAUUCCCCACCCCCCACCUUUGUGUGUGCAGGAUUUGUGUGUGAGAAUCGCCAAAUCUGCGAUUUGUGGUCUUGCCUAUCCAUGCACGCAUCUACUUCGUACUUGUUCAUUCUAAUGUUCGGACCUGAUCUGAUUUGCGUGCAACAAAAAUACUUGCUUUUUCCUCCAAACAAGUUUUUUCCUAGAUUUUGAAGUUACCCUUUUGUUCUUUUUUAUGCA